CGCACUCUUUCUCUCCCUGAUCCCCGUCCACUUCUCUCUGAUGUCAGACCAUCCUCACUGGAAUCCAGGUUCCGGGGUUGGGGACAAUGGAGAUCUCUCUGGGCCAGUGGCUCCUUAUCCUGUUCCUGGUGGUGGUCCCGCUGCUGUAUGAAUGGAGCGCCACCUUCAAGUACUUCUGCAAGAUGGGCUUCUACAACGGCUACAUCCUCUUCCUGGCCAUCCUCGUCAUCCCAGUCUGUGCGCUUCGCGGGCGCAACGUGGAAAACAUGAAGGUAAUCAGAUCCAUGAUGCUGCACGUGAAGUACCUGUACGGGAUCAAGAUUGAGGUGCGGGGGACAGAGAACUUCAAUAUCAAGGAGCCUUACGUGGCGGUGUCCAACCACCAGAGCUCGCUGGACUUGCUAGGGAUGAUGGAAGUGCUUCCGGACCGGUGCGUGCCGAUCGCCAAGAAGGAGCUGAUGUACAUGGGCACGGUGGGCCUGGCGUGCUGGCUGGGCGGCAUCAUUUUCAUCAACCGCAAGAAGACGGACGACGCCAUCAGCGUCAUGUCUGAGGCCGCCCACACGAUGUUGCGCGAGGAUGUUCGGGUCUGGGUGUUCCCAGAAGGCACCAGGAAUCACAGUGGCUCCAUGCUGCCCUUCAAGCGGGGCGCCUUCCACUUGGCCGUGCAAGCCCAGGUCCCUGUUAUCCCAAUUGUGAUGUCAUCCUACCGGGAUUUCUACAGUAAGAAGGAAAGGCGCUUUACCACAGGGCGCUGCACGGUCCAGGUCUUGCCUCCCAUGCCCACGCGGGGGCUGAGCGCCGACGAUGUGCCCGCCCUGACAGACCGCGUGCGCCAGGCCAUGCUUGUUGCCUUUGAGGGGCUCUCAGGGGAGCUGGGUGCCCCACAGUGACCCCCUUCUCCCCCAACUCUCCGGCCCUAGGGAGCUCCAGGGUAGGGACUGGGAGCUGCUUAUGCCCGUGAGGAGCCAAGGAGGCGGGGCCAGAACGGAAGAGGGCGGAGCUCAUUCCCAGCAACGGGACCAGGAGUGUCAGAGCCGUGCUACCACCAAGCAUGGAGGGGAUGGAUUGGCAGCGGUGUGUCUUGCGGGGGGAGUGGGUGGGGCUUAAGUUGGCCACGCCCACAAGGAGCCACCUAGGCAGAGUCGAUCCCGGCCAUGCCUGUUUCCACCUUCAGUUCUGAACCGAAAUUCUAGCCUAUUCUUCUCCCUCACCCCCUUUCCCCCUCCUGCACCCCAGGGUGCGUGGUACAGUCCCUCCCGCCACUCCUUGUUUUGUUGCUGUGAACCGUUCCACUCGGACUUCUUGGACUCAACCACUCCAAUCCCCACGUGGUGGGGGGAACUCUCAUGAACUGGAUCGCAGGCACUAUACAAACUGAGCCGCCCGCCGCCACCCCCCCCCCCAGUUCAAAUGGGGAGAAGCCAGAGGGAGAGACGGAUCCGAGGAGUGUUUUGGGGUUGGAGGAGGGGGAGGAGGCCAGCGUGAGCUCCUCUGGACGUGAAACGGGUCGAUGGUCCAGGAUUGAUUCAUCCAAGCUUUUCAUGAAGGGAAUCUGAGGAAACAGCCUCCGUUGGCCUCAGUCCACUCCACCCUCUCCCCGAGAGGACCCGUUCCUGGCUCUGCACAAGAAGGAAGCCGCGGAUUCGAUCUGUCCUAAUCUCCAGCGAGGGCAGGUUGGGGGCGGGGGGGCUUUGCCUGAAGAGGACCUCCUUGGACUGAACGGGGGCUCUAAUAAAAAGGAAAAUCAUGGACAGGACUGCUUCCCUCGCUGGAGGAGAACAGUGGGGGUGGGCGAAGGGGGAAUGCACUAGGCUCUGUACUUUCACCUGGACGGGCGAAGGGGAGCAUGAAGGAGCUCUUUGCGUGUGCGUGCGUGUGUGUGUGUGGGGAGGGAGCUGAGAUCAAGGGACUUGCUCUGUUUGCAUUCUGUUUGAGAGGUAAGUCUGGGGCCGUUCCACUUUUUGGGGAGAUCCCACCGUGGGGGGGGCAGGGCGGGUGAGAAUACAAUAUUCGUGCCUCCCCUCCCUUUCUCAGUGUUGAAAAAGUAACUCUCCAUCUUCUUAACCCUUCUUAACCCGAGGUCUGUGUGGGAUGAAUAAAAUACAGCCCCCCCCAAUAAAUUAACGGGGGGGGGGAGCCAUGCACUGGAAUCUCUGAGGUGAAGAGGGUGGCCUUCGUCUCUGUUGUUUUCGGUCGAAGCCGAGCUGAAGUGGGUCUCUCAGGAGGGCAAGGAGCCAAAAGUAUUGGGAGGAUGUGAAGGGAAAACAGCUGAGGAAGGGGGGACAGUGGUGCUGGAUAUGUAGAAGUUCCCCCAGGCCUGAAGGAGGCAGAAUAGUGUGAGAAUUAGAGAUCUGAGAUAACAGCAUGUGGG